AAAAUUUCAGACUUUCCACACUGAGCUCGAGGCAGAGCCAGCUGGCACAGGGUGCGAUACCGUGGAUGACGGGAGAAGUUAGACCAUUUAUUUAAUACAAUUUCUUUCUUUAAAACGAGUCAGAGGGAAAUCCACCCGUAUAAUAUACAUAUAAGAAAAGGAUACGUAGCUACAUUGAUAUUCUUAGAUAUCUAACUUUACGAGAAGCAAAUUGGCGUUAGCGUGUUGCUAGCUAGUGGUGGGUGGGACCAUAGACAUAUAUGUGGGACGCUCGGAAUAUUUAAGCUAGCUAAGUUACUAGGCUAAGAACUUCAUCCCUUCUGCUGCUGCGGGACGGGUGGAAAUCUCUAUCUUUCUAGCUAACGUUAGACAAGAACAAUAUUUUCUGAAGAUACGUCAGUUGCUGAGUAGAUCUGACAUCAUGUUCAGUUGGAGCAACAAGAAUGGGAAGAAAAAAGACCCUGAAUUAUUUCAAACCGUUUCGGACGGGUUGCGGCGACUCUACCGGACCAAACUGUUCCCCUUAGAAGACACGUACCGUUUCCACGAUUUUCACUCGCCUGCUUUGGAAGAUGCCGACUUUGACAACAAGCCCAUGGUGCUCUUGGUUGGUCAGUACUCGACAGGGAAGACCACUUUUAUCCGUCAUCUAAUGGAACAAGAUUUUCCUGGCAUGCGGAUAGGCCCAGAACCGACCACAGACUCUUUCAUAGCGGUAAUGCACGGCGAUCAGGAAGGGGUGAUACCGGGCAAUGCACUGGUGGUUGACCCCAAGAAACCUUUUCGCAAACUCAACGCUUUUGGAAACGCUUUCCUUAACAGGUUCAUGUGCGCUCAGAUGCCGAACCCGGUGCUGGAGAGCAUCAGCAUCAUCGACACCCCGGGAAUCCUGUCCGGAGAGAAGCAGCGCAUCAGCAGAGGCUACGAUUUCGCCGCCGUGCUGGAGUGGUUCGCCGAGCGGGUGGACCGCAUCAUCCUGCUCUUCGACGCCCACAAGCUGGACAUCUCGGACGAGUUCUCCGAGGUCAUCCGGGCCCUGAAGAACCACGAGGACAAGAUGCGCGUGGUGCUGAACAAGGCCGACCAGAUCGGCACGCAGCAGCUGAUGAGGGUGUACGGCGCCCUCAUGUGGUCGCUGGGGAAGAUCAUCAACACGCCCGAGGUGGUGCGGGUCUACAUCGGCUCCUUCUGGGCCCAGCCGCUGCUGGUGCCGGACAACCGCAAGCUUUUCGAGGCGGAGGAGCAGGACCUGUUCCGGGACAUCCAGGGCCUGCCCCGGAAUGCUGCCCUGCGCAAGCUCAACGACCUCAUCAAGCGGGCUCGGCUGGCCAAGGUACAUGCUUACAUCAUCAGUUCCCUGAAGAAGGAGAUGCCCAGUAUGUUCGGGAAGGAGAACAAGAAGAAGGAGCUGAUUGCGAACUUGGGGGAGAUCUACCUGAAGAUCGAGAAAGAGCACCAGAUUUCACCUGGGGAUUUCCCCAAUCUUAAGAAGAUGCAGGAGCUCUUGGCGGGACAGGACUUCACCAAAUUCCAGGCAAUGAAGCAAAAGCAGCUGGAGGCGGUGGAGGACAUGCUGGCCAACGACAUCGCCAAGCUCAUGAUCCUGGUCCGCCAAGAGGAGGCCGCCAUGCCCAGCCAGUCGGUCCAGGGCGGGGCCUUCGAGGGCACGAUGAACGGGCCCUUCGGCCACGGCUACGGCGAGGGCGCCGGCGAGGGCAUCGACGAGCUGGAGUGGGUGGUGGGCCGCGACAAGCCCUCCUACGACGAGAUCUUCUACACCCUCUCGCCCGUCAACGGCAAGGUGUCCGGCGCCAUGGCCAAGAAGGAGAUGGUCAAGUCCAAGCUGCCCAACACGGUGCUGGGCAAGAUCUGGAAGCUGGCCGACGUGGACAAGGACGGUUUCCUGGAUGACGAUGAGUUCGCCCUGGCCAACCACCUGAUCAAGGUCAAGCUGGAGGGCCACGAGCUGCCCGCCGAGCUGCCCGAGCACCUGGUGCCCCCCUCGAAGCGGUGCCUGGAGUGACGUGGGCGUGGGUGGAGGUGGGAGCAGAGGUGCCUGUGAAAGCUGGCGUUGGGGGGUCGAGGGCAGAGUGGGAGAAGGGGGCAUGGUUUCUUUGCAGGGUUAGAAAUUCUGUAUUAGUGGGGGGGGGGGUUGCAGCGGGGAUACGUAAGUGGGGGGAGGCUGCGGGGGUGGGGGGAUGGUAUUUCAGGUCGAGCAGGGAAAGGGUGUGUCAAACAGGGUUAUUAAAUUAGGGCUGCGACAGACAGUCAUAUCCACUUAUUUGUGCCAGUGUGGAAAUAGAGUUGCAAUGUAAGCAAAUAGAGCUGUUUAGUUCCGCCUUGGCACUGAUGCUUGGAUAUGUCGGUCUCACCCCUGUUCUCUUAACCCUGGAGUCAGGUGACCCCGUGACUCGGAUUGUUACAAGAUGGGAGGGCAUUCUAGGGGGGAAAAGAUGGUUUGGGGGGGGGGGGGGGGAUUCAAAUGAUAUAUAGAUAAAUAACAUAUAGUCCAUAAAAGGAAAAUGAAACCUAUGCUUUAUAAGUUAUUCUUCACUAGUGUGAUUUUACCUGUAUUAUGUGACCAUUUACCAUUUUGUAUCUCUAUGUUUUGUAUAAUUUAAUCUUCCUUGCUGUAAUUGUAUGAGAUGCAGUGAGAUGGGGAUCCCCUUGAACUCACUGUAUGUCUCUCAUCCAGCCACAAAUAGUCAAUGACUUAAUUCACUAGUUACUCUGCUGCUGAACAACAGUUCAGAUUAAGGGUUUGGGUGAGAGAAGUUGCUAAUAUUCAGAAUAUGCUGGAUUAGGGCACAGCAACUGUGCUCUUGUUCCAGUUCAUUCUAGACUUAUUUACUUGGGUUGUAUUCCAGUAUGGUUUCACAGAUUGGCCAUAAUGGACCAUAAAUGUCUCAUUCCUGAUUCUGGGACUCCUCCAUUCCACGGUUUCACUCCAACUGCGGACCCACCUCCCCUCACAUCUCUGACCUGCGAUCAGGGCAGGGCUGCCCAGCCCUGUUCCUCCAGGUUUUCACUCCAACCCUAACAAAGUGCACCUCAUUCAACAGCCUGAGAUCUUGUCGAGCUGCUAAUUAGGGUUGAAAUGUAAACCUCCCGGACGGUAGCUCCCCUGGAGCGGGACUGGGCAGCGCUGGUGUAAAAGAACAGCCACUGAUCAGUAAUGUCUCCGGGCACUGAUCUGAGGUCAGUGUAAGGGAACAGCCACUGAUCAGUAAUGUGUCCGGGCACUGAUCUGAGGUCAGUCUUGCUGAGGGGGGGCUGGUGAAGGUUGUCGGACCUGUUUGGGAAUUCUGCUCGGGGUCCCUGUUCCAGCGCAGCUCAGAUCGCUAGCUAUGGUCGCAGUUUCACCUGCAGCCUGCAGGGGGGGCAGCAGACCGGGGCCAGCAAAGUGAUGAGGGGCCCUUCAGGAUGUGAAUUCCAGGUGCAAGCCUCAAAACCGGUGUGAUGGAACAAAUAGCUUAUAGCCACUGGGAUUGCGGUGAAUCCACUGAGCAGAAUGGCUUGUAGUGUAUUUUUGCAGGCAUGCUGAUCCUGUCUUUAGGGGUGCACAAUUAUUGCAUGCAUUUGUUCAGGAAAAACUAUCUCCAUUUUAAGCAAUCUGCUCUGACACAUUUUAAAAACGAAUGAAUUGAUUAAACAAAAAAAGGUUCGAUGCAGGUUAGAUAGCAGCUUGUGUUCUUCCUCUAUGUAUUUGAUCGGUCACAUUUGGUUUAUAAAAUCAAAAAUGAAUCGACUUUACUCCUGCUACCGUUAGCAUCACAUUUAGUUUAUAGGUUAGAAAAUAUGCUCUGCAUGGGCUGAGGGUCACGAUUAUACCAGUAAUCACACACGUUCAGCAGAUUCUCUUAUGAUUUCUUUAUUUCACCUUCUGCAGGAACAAAUCAUUUGAAGCGGUCACUGUUGAUAUUGUUUAAAGGCUAGUUCCGAGUAAACGCAUUUAUUAGUGAGUUUAUUACUUAUUUUUGUUCUGAGAAAUACAAAUAUGCAUCUAUGUACACGUUGUCUUCCACUGUGUUUCCAGACUCCCAGAAAUUGGAAACGUUCGGAGGUCCGAAAGUCUGAUGUAAUGAGGCGGUUUGGGGUGCUCUAAACGAUUGGCUAUUUUAUAACGUCUAGCGAUCCUUUGCCAGGUAUUUCUGCCUGUUAGUUUAACACUUUGCAGCCUUGAUUUAUUUCAAUAAUAGCCAGCUACUGCUGGUCAAACUUAACAUGGAUAAAACCGCUUUGAAUCUGAAAUCUGCAUCCUCUGUACAGUAGCAUUAGGGUGUGCUGUAGGAGAGUGACUGAGGAGGUGUUUGUGUUGCUUGCAGACCUGGGUCAAAUACAUAUUUGUUUUGGAUUCAAAUACUUUUCUGUGCUCCAUUCAUCUUGACUGGUGUAAUUGAGCCUUCCAGUAUGACCAGAAGGUGGGGUUUACACUUGAGAGUAUUUCAUUGGUUGCAGUACACCAGACAAGAUCAGUAGAGCGUAGAAAAGUAUUUGAAUUUGACGCAGGUCUAGUUGCUUGUGUGCCGUUUGACGCUAUAAGCGUGGUCGGUAGAAAAAAACCUGUCGUCAAUUUCCCAUCCUUUGUGAAUACUGCAAACCACUAACGGGAAAGAUUUGCUUUGGUUAUUUUUGGUUAUUUUCUAAAGGGUACCAAGAGCGCUUGUUUACUUGACAGCUAAAUAUUACGCAGUACAAAAGGGUUCUGAGCUGAAUAGGUCUGAUGGACGCUAAUCUUGGAACCAGUAGUCUGAGGCUGCAUUGUAUGGGUUCAGUCACUCUGUUCAGCUCCAGCAGCAAGUUCUGCAUUUAAAGGAGAAAUAAAAAGUGCCUCAAUGUCAAUAGCUUUACACUCAUCCUCUAUAAAUACUGUGCAUAUGUAUAUUGUUUUUUGUCUUUAUUUUUAAAUAAAAAUUCACGACAAAAGAUUA